AUGCACCAACUGAUGUAUGAAAGCGACACGCAAUGCCUCGAUGUUUUACGUAUGAGACAAAGGGUUUUUCUCAAGCUCUUAGAUACUCUAAAGAAAUAUGGUCUAAAAGAUUCUCAUCGGGUAAGACCUGAGGUUGCUCUAGGAAUGUCACUCAAGAUUUUGGGGCAUAAUCCAUCACAAAGGAACAUUGCAGCAGAAUUUCAGGUUGCACAAUGGACUGUGAGCUCAAAAUUUAAUGAUGUUGUUAAUGCUCUGUGUGGUUUGCAUUCAGAUAUUGUUUCAUGGAAAAGAGGAGGAUUUGAUGAUACACCAGAGAGAAUCAUGCGUGAUAAGAGGUAUUAUCCAUAUUUUCAAGAUUGUAUUGGAGCCAUAGAUGGUACACACGUCCGCGUGCGUGUUGGUGGCAAUAAGAAGAUCACGUAUUGGAAUCAUCAUAAUUACACGUCAAUGAACAUUUUGGCAGUGUGUGAUUUCAAUAUGAAGUUUAUAUACACACGUAUUGGAGUUCCGGGGCGCGCACACGACUCAAAGAUAUUGACACAUUGUGCACGUCAUGAUGAAUAUUUUCCAUUCCCGAGGUCGGAGAAAUAUUUUUUAGUGGAUUCUGGUUAUCCAAACCGAAGGGGUUUUCUAGCUCCCUAUAGAGGUGAGGCCUAUCAUCCGAAUCAUUUUGCUGGACGUAAACCGACCACUCUGCGAGAGACAUUUAACAAGAGACAUUCCUCUCUUCGAUCCGUCAUUGAAAGAACGUUUGGCGUGUGGAAGGGAAAAUGGUCUGUUUUAGAAGGUCGCAUUCGUUAUGACGUGGAAAUGCAAGAAAAGAUUGUUGCAGCAACUAUGGCGUUGCAUAAUUUUAUCCGAGAUUCUAAUAUAGAGGACAUUGACUUCAAUGCUGCUGAAGAAACAGAGAGUUAUGAUGCUGAUCCUAUCGGAAACACGUCUCCUUCUCAUGAUGAUCAUGGAGUCGAUCGAAUUUAUGAUCCGACAGCUGAUGAAUAUAUGUCAACAGUUAGAGAGGGUAUAGCACGAGAGAUAUGGGAUGAUCGUUAG